UGACUACCUUGGGGAGGACACCGCCUCCCGACCCGUCCGAGGGAGGCCAGGGCAGCCUGGGUGCCUUCAAAGGGCUCAAGUGCUGCUUAAUAUCGAACUAACAUCCAUAUUUACUGAAUGGUUGCUAGGGGCCAGGGUACCCUCAAGGAGCCCACAGUCUGGAGCAUCGAUGAAAUGCGCAUUGAUGAAACGAUCACACAGGAGUUUAAUAACCAACUUUAUAAGUGCUCUGAAUGAAAAAUAACUUAUGAGAGGGGCUACCUAGGGGUCCUAACCUAGUCUGCAGUGAGCUGAGAUGCGAAGAACAGAGCAGGCAGCCCGCCUGAAGAAACUACAGGAACAAGAGAAACAGCAGAAAGUGGAGUUUCGUAAAAGGAUGGAGAAAGAGGUGUCAGAUUUCAUCCAAGACAGUGGGCAGAUCAAGAAAAAGUUUCAGCCAAUGAACAAGAUAGAGAGGAGCAUACUACACGAUGUGGUGGAAGUGGCUGGCCUGACAUCCUUCUCCUUUGGGGAAGAUGAUGAAUGUCGAUAUGUCAUGAUCUUCAAAAAGGAGUUUGCACCCUCAGAUGAAGAGCUGGACUCCUACCGUCGUGGCGAGGAGUGGGACCCCCAGAAGGCUGAGGAGAAACGGAGGCUGAAGGAGCUGGCCCAGCGGCAGGAGGAGGAGGCAGCCCAGCAGGGACCUGUGGUGGUGAGCCCUGCCAGCGACUACAAGGACAAGUACAGCCACCUCAUUGGGAAGGGGGCAGCCAAGGAUGCGGCCCACAUGCUGCAGGCCAACAAGACCUACGGCUGUGUGCCUGUGGCCAACAAGAGGGACACACGCUCCAUUGAAGAGGCCAUGAAUGAGAUCCGGGCCAAGAAGCGUCUGCGGCAGAGCGGGGAAGAGUUGCCACCUACCUCCUAGACACCCCAGCUCCCUGGGGCAGGGCAGAGGGCAGGGAGGGACGAGGCUGCUGCUAUUAGAACCCAUCCUGGAGCCCCACCUCUGAAGCACCUCCUAACAGCUGUCACUCAGGCUGCGGGAAAGAGGUGUUUGAUUUGUCACUGUUGGAGCUUGGAUGUCUCUCUGUGUGUGUGUAUGUGUGUGUGUGUGAAUGUACAGGUGGGUAUUUAAUCUGUAUUAUUCUCUGUUCUCCCUGGAAAUUUCUUCCCCAUGGGGCUGGGGUUACUUUACAUUAAAUAAACACUGUUUGACCCAA